UGUGCGUCUAAUGGCGCUUAUAAGACCGUUUAAUGCUUUGUAGCCGAAUGGAGUGAAAUCCGGCGUAUGCAAUCUCAUAUCAAUAUCACCAGUCAGGGUCACAAAGGAAAUAAACUUUAAAUCAUAUUGGUACCAGCAGGAGCCAAUCGACAUCCAAARGAAGCAACAACCCAAUCGAUACCGAAAGGGCAUCAACUGGUAACCCACUCAAUACCCAAAGGUGACGAGCAGUACCCCCAAUCAAUAAACCAAAGGAAAGACGAAGUAACCGAGCCAGACAUGAACAACCAYAAUAUAUCAUCAAGUAACGUCACGCAUUCCUUAACACCAACCGAGAUUGCUUUGACAGCCACAUUCUCGGUCCUCGUUAUKGUCAAUUUGGUUAGCAACAGUCUAGUGUUUCUGGUAGUACUCAGACAUCGACAGAUGAGAACGUUGAUGAACUAUCUCCUGUUAAACCUUGCUGUGUCUGACAUCAUGGUCGCUGUGUUUAUAGCCCCUCAGUAUGUGUUACGUCAUUUUUUUCGCCAUCCAGAAGGCACUGCGGGAGAUCUUCUAUGCAAAUUAGUUACAGGGGGGAACUUUAUUUGGACAGGCGGUGCUGCGUCGGCUUUCACAUUGGUUGCUAUCGCUAUUGAGCGUUACUACGCAGUCGCCAAGCCACAGCUAAAGCGGGAGAUAACGCCCUGGCGUUUAAAAGCCAUUAUAAUCAGCUCUUGGGUAUAUGCCAUCGUGUUCAAUAUUCCCCUCUUUUUCGUCAUCAAAUACAAGCAAGUCAUUAAUGAUUUCCGCUGCCCAGAAGUCUGGCCUAAAGUAAUCCUUGCUAAGGUGUAUACCGUGGGCGCGUUUUUCGUAUUUGACAACACAACGCAGCAAGGUGUUCUGAAGACGAGAAAGAAAGUCACACAGAUGGCAAUCGCCGUGAGUGUCAUCUACGCUGUAUGCUGGACACCGGGUCUUGUCAUGUACUUCCUGUCCUACAUGUUACCGUGGAAACCCUUGCAUUCCGUAAUCAAUAAAAUAGCAGUCGUACUCGCAACUUUGAAUUCAAGCGUCAACCCCAUUAUWUACAGUCUUCARAGUGAAAAGUUUCGACGACAUCUUUUCGCGAUUCUUUGCUGUGGAAGGCCAUGCGCAACGUCUCGAGUAGGRCAMGAGGACCAUGAUCAAGAAAACCAURACCUGCAAUCUCUAGAAUCAGUGGCUUGAAGUGACAAGCUUUUAAUUUAUUUCAUCAUUACCAUGAGGUAAUGCUGAG